GCCGGUAGAAACUCUGGUCCGUUGGAGGGAGGGGCGAGCCGUUCGCGCCACCAACCACCACCAUAUUCCCUUCCCCUGUUUCCUCCGAUCAGAGUCCUACGGCAGGGGCGAGGCCCGCACUCCACACUUAUAUAAAGGCCCGGCCAGCCACUCCAUCCUCCACCCAAGCCGAUCCCCGCCUUCUCCUUCUCUCCAGUCCUGCUCACCUGACCUUCUCCCUCCCUCGCCCGACCUCCCCUGCACUCACAGCCCCCGGGUGGCGGGAAACAUUCUUGAUCCUCCUACGAUAUUGAUAUACGCGGAGAUUCUCGGUUCUUUGCCAUGGCCGCCAAAUCUUGGAACCCGUUCUCGUGCUGCGUCGGCGGGGGCCGAGUGGCGGACGACGACGACGACUGCAGGCGGCGGAUCGGGCGGCGGGGGAAAGGCUGCGCGAGGUCGUCGUCGAGGAUGUCCUUCAAGAGCCUCAGCUCGUCGGGGACGCUGUCCCCGGAGGACCUGUCCAUCACGCUGUCCGGCUCCAACCUGCACGCCUUCACCUACGCCGAGCUCCGCGCGGCGACCGGGAGCUUCUCGCGGGCCAACUACCUCGGCUGCGGCGGUUUCGGCCCGGUCUACAAGGGCGCCGUCGACGACAAGCUCCGUCCCGGGCUGGCCGCGCAGCCCGUCGCCGUCAAGUACCUCGACCUGGACUGCGGCACGCAGGGCCACAAGGAGUGGCUGGCUGAGGUUUUCUUCCUUGGGCAACUGAGGCACAACAACCUGGUGAAAUUGAUCGGGUACUGCUACGAGGACGAGCACCGGAUGCUGGUCUACGAGUUCAUGAACGCCGGGAGCCUGGAGACGCACCUCUUCAAAAGUACCAAUGGCUCUCUCCCGUGGAUGACAAGGAUGAAGAUCGCUGUCGGCGCGGCCAAGGGCCUUGCCUUUCUCCAUGAUGCCGACCCGCCGGUGAUCUACCGCGACUUCAAGGCCUCCAACAUCUUGCUCGACUUGGAUUACAACACCAAGUUGUCCGACUUCGGGCUGGCCAAGGAUGGGCCUCAGGGCGACGCGACACACGUGACAACACGUGUCAUGGGGACGCAUGGUUAUGCAGCGCCAGAGUACAUCAUGACAGGCCACUUGACCGCCAAGAGCGAUGUAUAUAGCUUUGGUGUGGUGCUCCUGGAGCUCCUCUCUGGGCUACGAUCAGUGGACCGUGCACGGCGACUCAGGGAACAGAACCUGGUCGACUGGGCUAGACCAUACCUCAAGCACUCUGACAGGUUGUACAAAGUCAUGGACCCAGCUCUCGAGUGCCAAUACUCAUGCAAAGGCGCCGAGGUGGCAGCACUGGUGGCAUACAAGUGUCUCAGCCAGAACCCAAAGUCUAGGCCCACCAUGAGGGAGGUGGUCAAGGCCCUCGAGCCCGUCCUCGGCAUGGAUGACUUCUUCCCUGUGGGCCCAUUUGUGUUCACAGUCAUUGUGGAGGAGGACAAGGUAGUGGACAUGAAGGUGGAGGUCGAGGAGAAGCACCAGCACCCACGCCAGAACCAUCAAGACAGGCACCGGCAGAAGUACCCCGACUCAGCAAUCCAUGCCGGCAUUGUGCUCCGCCGCGGCGAUGGGCUCAUUACCGGAUUCACCGGUGCGCAGCGACGGCAACAAAGGUCGUCGAGCUACAAUCGGGAGAGGGGGGCAUAGGACUAAGGUAGGGAAGUGAGUAGGACAGAAUGGUAUGUACAUACCAUAGAGAUGUGAUACAAUGUCACAUCGGUUUGUUUGUUUUGGAUUUGUGGAUUGUGUUUCUUUUCUUCUUUAUAGUUUUUGGAAAGGUCUCAGGGGACUUACGCCCACCUUUCUUCUUGAUAGUGACAAUGGGUGUUAGAUAAAUAUAGGGAUGCAAAACAGUGUGACAAAAGUCCGGUUUUGAUUUUCGCAA